UGCUCAAGUUUGUUUUCAUCAACAUGGCUUUCGUGGGGCGGAUUUUCCGUCGCGGAAAUCAUUUUCUCACCCUCAAACAGUACGAGAAUGUGCAAGUUGCACGAGCAAACCCGCAGGAUUUGGUAGAGAAAGUAGCCGUGGCCGAAGGUGGCAAGGUUUUCGUCGCAUGGCACCCAAAGCCGGACUUUCCAUACGAGUUCAGCAAACCGAUCGAGGUGACCGUUCCGGAACCGAACGCAAAUCUUGUACGGGAUGACAUAAUCGCCAACAGUCGCGCCGCGUUGAAGGCAAAACACCCGGAAUUCGUGCGCCAGGAGUUGAGUAAACUAACGUUUACGACAAAGCACCGAUGGUUCCCAAGGGCUCGUGAUAAGCGUGCUAAGAAAACACCCAUGGAUCGUGAAUAUCUGUAGUGAAGGAGUGUUUAUUUCGUCGAGCCAAAUUGCCCUUGGUGGAAGAAUAAAGUAAAGCAUUUAGUUUACGAUUAUAUUAA